GGGCGUUCCAGAUGAAGCCCCGAUUCGAGGCUUGUAUCGUUUCCGUGAAAAUCACGUGACGAUGACAAACGAGGCCUCGUUUUCUGUUGAAUACGUCAUUGCUUCACUCUGAGUAUCGCCUCCGUAAAAAAAUGGUUCGAAACUCGCGCCUCUUGUGGGUUUUGCAGUACGUUUGCAUUGGUGUUGAGGUGUUGGUUGUACGUAGUGGCGAGUUUGUAGUGAGUUUGUAGUAUAGUUAUCAUUAUAUAUCAUAGCCUGUAUUAUAUAUUAUAUUACACUUAGUUUAGACGAUUAUUAGAGUAAAUUAUACGUAGCAUAGGAAAGUAGAUUAGUAGAGUAAAUUAGCAUAUAUCUAGUUCUAAUACCUAUAAUACGUAAUUAUUUUGCUAUAUAUAUUUUGAUAUAGCCUAUAUUAGUAGUAGUUUUAUUAUUAUAUAUAGUAUUGCUGUUAUUAUUUAUUAUUAUUAUAAGACUAUACUGUAUUAGGGAUAGCCUAGGAGGACUGAGGAUCCAUUGGGAUAUUGAAACAAACAGAAGCUCCAAUAUCCCAAUUUAUAUAAGCUGGCACUGACCUUCUUAUGUUGUCCAGCAUCAUCAGUGCCCUGUGAAAGGGUGUUUUCUAAGGCUUGAGAGGAGCUUUCUAAAAAGAGAAACCGCUUCAAUCCAAAUACUGUUAAAAACUUUUGUUUUAAAUAAAAACCAGUAAACACUUUUCUGUGUUGCAGUUUGCUGUUUCACACUUCCAGUUCCAUAAGCAUUGCACUAUUGCACCCCUCAGUUCAAUAAGCAUUGCACUAUUGCCUUCCCAGUCAGCACUGCACUCAUAAUAAUUUAUUUACACUCAUUCGGGGCAUUCAUGGUUAUCAAUAACCCAAAGAACUACUGAACAGUUGAACACAAAGAUGUGUAUGUAUGAGUUGUGUGUGCAUUGGUUAACACAAGCAGAGUAAAAUACUUUAUUUAAUACACAGGCAAUAGAUAAAGCCCACACAAUGACAAUUUGGUUGCUCAGAAUGAAUAGAUUUGUGUGCAAUACAUUGCUUUCCACAGCAGGUGUCACUAGAGAGCACACUGUUCACGAGGCUUCGGGUAACUGAACCUUUUGGCGAACCAAUGGGCUGGAAAGCCUCAGUGGUUCAGGAAGCCUCAUUUGGCCAUCACUAGAGACUAUAAUCCAACUGGUGACUGCAGCAAACAUGAAAUGAGGAUCUGACGACAGACAGAGAGAUGAGUGAGUAUUUGUAGCUGAGUGGAGAUGAGGAUCAGCUGGAGCGAGACAAUCAACACACAGGUGACAACAAUCAACUAAACGAGCACAUGGAGACUACAGGUAAUUUGCCAAUCAACCAUUUAACCAAUGAAGUUUGGGAACAUGAAAUCAGAGCCACACUUGUGGAUCAUGUCAUAAAUCGUGGUUUUACAAUGGAAGAGGCUGGUAGAAGAGUGCAGCCUAAUGUAAACAGGUCCACAGUGUCAUCAAUUGUGCAAACCUUUCGUAGGGAAAACAGAACUGCACAACAACCUCAUGCUGGUGGCAGAGCAGCAGUAUUUAACCACCAGCAAGAACAAGAAAUUUGCAACAUGGUCAUAGCCAACAAUUCCAUCAGGCUAAGAGAGAUCCAAAGUGCAAUCAUAAAUGAGAAUAAUGUCUUCGCAAAUAUAGAUUCUGUCAGCAUUUCUACCAUAGACAGAGUUUUGAAAAGACAUCAAAUCUCUGUGAAACAACUCUACAAGGUGCCAUUUGAGAGGAAUAGUGAAAGAGUAAAGAACCUGCGGUACCAGUAUGUCCAGAGAAACAUGGAGUUAGAAGGACAUGAAACACUCCAUAUUCUUGUUUUUGUGGACGAGGCCGGGUACAAUCUGUCCAAAGGCCGGAGACGUGGUCGCAAUCUCUUUGGACACCGAGCCACAACUGACACACCAGGCCAACGUGGGGCCAAUAUUACAAUGUGUGCUGCCAUUUCAGAGAAUGGUGUGCGCACACAUAUUCCACACAUUGGGCCCUAUAAUACCCAACUGCUCCUGGCCUUCCUAGACACACUUUACAGAGACCUGAUUCCAGAACAAGAAGGGGUUUAGUUAGACCACAUUGGCCUAAUUAUGUUGUUGUCUGGGAUAAUGUCAGCUUUCACCGAACCAACAUUGUUAGGGAGUGGUUUGCUGCACAUGAAAGGAUAACAGUGGAGUUCCUUCCACCAUACUCUCCAUUCCUAAACCCAAUAGAAGAGUUUUUUUCGGCUUGGAGGUGGAAAGAAUAUGAUCACAGACCACACGAUCAGUUGUCUCUGUUGGAUGCCAUGAAUGCUGCAUGUGAGGACAUCACAGCUGAUCAUUGCAGAGGAUGGGUGCGGAAUUCAAGGAGAUUUUUUUUCCCCGGUGCAUGGCAAUGAAAAAACAUAAGAUGUGAUGUGGAUGAAAAUCUUUGGCCUGACCAACAAGAGCGACAGGAUGUCCAACAAGAAUAAUUUGUUUUUCAUUGAGGUUAUUUUAGUUAUUUUCUAUUGUAUUUUUGUUGAAACAUAAAAAAUAUGAAAUGUACAGCAAUUGGACAUGGAAGAUUUAGGUAUGUAAUAUGUAAAAUGUGUAUGUAAUACACAUAAAAUAAAUGAAGUGAAUAAAUAGAAAUGGUAAUUUA